AUGCUUUUUGGAGAGGCUGGGCUAUGUCUUCUCGAGGAUCUCAGGUCAGAUGUCCUUAGACCUUACAGGCGCCUUGAGAUCAAAGCCAUCGAGGGCGAGAAUGAACAUCUGGACGCAAGAAUGGAGGAGAUCAAGCAGCUUGCAGGGUCUGGGAUAUCUGAAGAGCUCUCUGUGAACUACGUGAUGAUGAAGUACUUCAAGGAGCGCAACGAAAGGAUACUUAGAAGCUACAAGUUCCACCGGUCUGCAGCUCUCUUCGACAGCUUCUUCUCAAAGAAAAAAACGGUUGGGAUGCUUUCUCAUGAAGAAGAGGAGCAUGCAGAGAAAUACAGCAACAUGCUCAGAGAGUACCUCGAGCCUUUCAAGCACAUCGACUUCACGGUGCAAGCCCCUCCUGUCCAGUUCUUUGUCCAGGUAAUCACGCUGAGAGACUGCGGAGUGGUGAUGGACGAGGGAGAUCUCAUAGAGCUGAAGAAGGAUAGAAUAUACUUCAUGAAGAAGAACGCCAUUGUCCAUCUGAUCGAUAGCGGAUUUGUUCGCAUCAUUUAA